AUGCAAAUCUUUGUUAAAACUCUUACCGGAAAGACCAUAACCCUUGAAGUUGAGUCGUCAGACACUAUCGACCAAGUUAAAGCUAAAAUUCAAGACAAAGAAGGAAUCCCUCCGGACCAGCAACGUCUCAUCUUCGCUGGAAAACAGCUUGAGGACGGUCGUACCCUCUCCGAUUACAAUAUUCAGAAAGAAUCUACCCUUCACCUUGUUCUUCGUCUUCGCGGAGGAAUGCAAAUUUUUGUAAAGACACUUACCGGUAAAACAAUCACCUUGGAGGUCGAGUCUUCAGAUACCAUUGAUCAA